CCGACUUCGAAGAAGGACGCUGCCUCUCAGUCCCAGAUAUCCAAGAUGUUUCCCUCUCGGGCACUUCUUGCGCGCUCAGUCUGGAAAGGGCCUAAUAUCGUUCCUCUGCCUAUUGUUCGUCCAGCUCCAGGACAGAAGGUUCCUCCGAUUAAGACACAAGCACGAUCCGCAACGAUACUGCCGAACUUUGUCGGCUUGAAGUUCCAGGUGCACAAUGGCAAAAUUUACCACGAUGUGACGAUAACCGAGGACAUGGUCGGGCACAAGCUGGGAGAAUUUUCGCCGACAAGAAAGCGGUUUACAUACAAGCAAAGCAAGAACAAAUAGAGGGGGAGGAUGUCAAAGGGACCGGCGUUUAUUGGAGCGAGCAUACUUCUGAAGUUGACCGGUAUUGGGAUGUACGACUAUAUGUAUGGGAAGGCCGGCCGACUCUAUUGUAUUCUACGCUUCUCCGCUAUCGAUUACUCAGUUAUGUACUUGUACUCAAUACUUCGCGUUGUGAACUGAAGCAAUCUCGUGC